CAUCGUCGACGGGACCGAACGGACCGGAGCCGACGUCUACUUUGAGACUCAGCGAGAGGUCCAACAUGGCUCUUGAGGAGCUGGGCAUUGUCCUAGCAAUGCUGGGUCUGGCUGGGACCGUGAUGAUCUGCGCCCUGCCCAUGUGGAAGGUAACGGCCUUCAUCGGAACCCGCCUGGUGGUCAUGCAGGUGUUUUGGGAGGGUCUGUGGAUGACAUGCGUCAGCGAGUACACGGGACAGAUGCAGUGCAAGCUCUACGACGCCUUGCUAGACCUGUCCCCCGAGCUGCAGGCGGCUCGUGGAUUGGUCUGCGUCGGCAUGGUUCUCGGGUGCUUAGGCUUUCUGGUUUUCCUCGUGGGCGCACGGUGUACCAAGUGCCUGAACCACCCGCGCAUCAAGGCACGAGUGGUUGUCGUUUCCGGACUCAUCUUUGGACUAGCGGGCCUCGCACCCAUGGUGGCCGUGUCUUGGACGGCUAACAGCGUGAUCAAAGACUUUUACAACCCACGCGUCCCUGAAGGGCUUAAACGGGAAAUGGGGGCGGCCAUUUAUAUCGGCUUCAUUGCAUCGGCGUUGCUACUCUGCGGAGGAGGUUUUCUGUGUGCAAGUGGGCCACCGUCCAGGGGUGCAAUCCGUUCCAAUGCGUACGCCCCAGCGGGGACGCGUGCUGACAACAGCUAUGGUAUCAAAAACUAUGUUUAGAACAGCAGUGGCUGGUAUCCUGUAUUCGAGAUACGUAAAAUGAUAAGACGGAAUGAUAUUUGGAGAGCAAAAAAGUUGUCAGGUUAUGGGUAAAAAAAAUCUAAGGAAAGAAUAAUAGUUUUGGUAUUUUGUAAGCUACUGUAUUUACGUAGCAAAAAGUGGAUGUUGACUCAUGAAUGCUCACAAGUCUUUUCUCUUAAUAUUAGGGGUGUAACGGUACACAAAAAUCUCGGUUCGGUACGUACCUCGGUUUUGAGGUCACGGUUCGGUUCAUUUUCGGUACAGUAAGAAAACAAAAUGCAAAAUAUAAAUGUGCUAGUUGUUUAUUACACACCUUUGUGCUUUCAACAAUAGGAACAGUAGCCUAUACAAAGCUAGAAUUCUGAUCCAAAAGUAGCGGGUAUUUAAAGAUAAUCCAACAAUAAUUUGCCUUUCAAACCCCGCGUAUUGGUCAACUUUCUUUCUGAAAGAAAAAAGAAGUCCUGUGCUAAAGAGAAAAGCAAUCCCAAUGACAAAGAUUUUAACAUGUGUUUUACAAAUGAAAUGCCUCAAUGAAUCAUUUUUUUCCUUAUGAACGGUUUUCAAAAGCUUUAUUGGUGGAUUUUCUCAAGUUAAAGCGCCACACGGAAAUUAAUAAAUUAAAUUGUUUAAGCAGGAUCUGUGUACUAUUCUUAUUAUUUCAUUACAGGUGUUUUAGCUCACUUCAAUUUAUUUUAUUUUUAAAUUGGCUAUUAUUUAUUUUAUUAUGUGUUUAUAUUUUACAAAUGUGAUGUAGUAU